AACCUCACGUCCCAAUUAAAGAAUCAAUUGCUCAACAGUUUCAAAAUCGAAGAGUACAUGCAGUUUCAGUUGAUUAUGACGACUCCAAAUUCUAAAAAAACAGUACUUAAAAAUCCCGAAUGUGCUAAUGGCUUUGCGGCUGCUAUUUUCCAUGCCUAUAAUAAACAUCAACAUUUGCGUUUGAGUCCUGAUGAUGUCUGGCUUACAAUUGCUCAAGGUGUUAGUCGUCAUAUUAAUUUUAAUGCUGAAAAUUUUCGAUCAAGGUUUGUUAAACAUGAAGGAAAAGAAGACAUUUAUGUAGAUGUUACAGGUGUUAUAGGCUCAAAUCUUGAAGGAAAUUGGCCAGAAGUUGUAAAUAGAUUUGUAGACAGCUAG